AGCUGUUGGGGCUAUAGCGGUAUUUAUUGAAGGGGAUACUCCCUCCUACAGUUUAAGACGACCCCCUCCCCCCCAGUUCCAACCACAUGUCUGGGGUGGCGGGAGAAAAUGCCUCAUCAGGUGUCAGGUCGCAAAGAUCUGUGUCUUUCGUCUAGGGACAGGGAGAUUCCCUCACGCGCGCAGACUUGGUCAGUACCUAGUAAGUUCCGAGAGAACUUGGGGUUGACUCCAGGAUGAACUGGGCCCCGCGGUGGCUUAAGUGUGGGUGUGCGGGUGCCUCCCUCUUUGGAGGGAGGCUGUGGGGCGGAUAAAGGAGUUUAUCUUUCCUUGGAGACGCUCCCGGAGUCCGGGAGCAGAGCCGGGUGCCACCCCUCGCGUCACCACCUCCCGCUCCAGGGCCGUUGCCGCGCCCGCUCGACCUUUCUUAACUUGAAUACAACAGAGGGCCCCCAGACCUGGUGUGAGCAAAAACACACCCGCCAGUUGCUGCACUUUGAGUGGGGCAGGGAGCUCGGACAUAUCCUAAGUGCCUCGGAGGAAGGUCUGUGGCUGGAAUGCUCGGGACGGUCCCAGGCUUCCAUGAUGUCGUAGCAAGCAGAGACAUCCCUCAAGGACUCGGAAUUAAGCUUUGUCAAAACAGCAGGUUGCACAAAUGAACACCCAAAUUCAGGUAGUGCCCUUUUAGGGAGCGAGGAUAGUGUGGGUGAGGGGAUGUUUCCCUGAUGUUAGCUUGUGGAGUCACUUAUCUGAAAAUGCACACACCCAGUAGACCAUUGACCUCACCAUGGUAAACUUGGCUGACCAUCUCAACUGGAACCUGGAGCCAACUUAGGGUCAGAGGCUCUUCUCUGUUUCUCGAGGGCUCAGCCCCAAGCAUCCAUCCAUCCUGUUCCUGGCCUUCUAACAAUAACGGUGGUGUCUGAUGCUGCGGAUCAGGGUGUGGCCAUCACCGGGAACCAGACUUUCAACAACUGGAACUGGCCCAAUGCAAUGAUUUUUGCUGCCACAGUCAUCACCACCAUCGGUUAUGGCAACGUGGCUCCCAAGACCCCAGCUGGGCGCCUCUUCUGUGUCUUCUAUGGCCUCUUCGGGGUGCCGCUGUGCCUGACAUGGAUCAGUGCCCUGGGCAAGUUCUUCGGGGGACGUGCAAAGAGGUUGGGCCAGUUUCUUACCAGGAGAGGAGUGAGCCUGAGGAAGGCUCAGAUCACAUGUACGGCCAUCUUCAUCGUGUGGGGUGUCCUGGUCCACCUGGUGAUCCCGCCCUUUGUGUUCAUGGUGACAGAAGAAUGGAACUACAUUGAGGGCCUCUACUAUUCCUUCAUCACCAUCUCCACCAUUGGCUUUGGGGACUUUGUGGCCGGUGUGAACCCUAGUGCCAACUACCACGCCCUCUACCGAUACUUUGUGGAGCUUUGGAUCUACCUGGGGCUGGCUUGGCUGUCCCUCUUUGUCAACUGGAAGGUGAGCAUGUUUGUGGAAGUACACAAAGCCAUUAAGAAGAGGCGGCGGCGGCGCAAGGAAUCCUUUGAGAGCUCUCCACACUCCCGGAAGGCCCUGCAGAUGGCUGGAAGUACAGCAUCCAAGGACGUCAACAUCUUCAGCUUCCUAUCCAAAAAGGAGGAGACCUACAAUGACCUCAUCAAACAGAUUGGGAAGAAGGCAAUGAAAACAAGUGGGGGAGGGGAGAGGGUCCCAGGACCUGGACACGGGCUGGGACCUCAAGGGGAUGGAUUACCCACCAUCCCUGCAUCCCUGGCACCUUUGGUGGUCUAUUCCAAGAAUCGAGGGCCCAGCUUGGAAGAGGUAUCUCAGACUCUAAAAAACAAGGGACACGUGUCAAGGCCACUCGGUGAGGAGGCUGGGGCACAGGCCCCCAAGGAUAGUUACCCACCCUCUGAAGUGUUUAGUAACCAGCUGGACCGUAUCAGUGAGGAGGGAGAGCCGUGGGAAGCUCUGGACUACCACCCGCUCAUCUUCCAAAAUGCCAGCAUUACCUUCGAAAAUGAAGAAGCCGGCCUCUCAGAUGAGGAGACCUCUAAGUCUUCUGUGGAGGACAACCUGACCUCAAAGGAGCAGCCUGAACAGGGACCCAUGGCUGAGGCACCCUUGAGCAGCACGGGUGAAUUCCCUUCAUCUGAUGAGUCCACCUUCACCAGCACCGAGUCAGAGCUCUCCGUGCCUUACGAGCAGCUGAUGAACGAAUACAACAAGGCAGAUAACCCCAGGGGCACGUGAGGUGGGCCUGGCUCCCCACUUGCUUUCCAGUGGCUUCCUCUCAUGAGGAUUGUCCUGUAAUGGCCAGACCCCAGGGAGAAGGCUCUGGAAAUGAGAUGGGGAGCCAGGGACCCGCCUUUCCUUCUGUCCUCUCCACUUGGUUGCUUCCAUGGGAUGUGGUGUUGGCCCAGGACAGGCCUCCGUUCUGUGGCCCAGUGGGGAGGCUGCUGUCCUGGGCCUGCCCGGCAGGUGUAUUGCUGAUUCAGGCACGUAGGCCACAACACUCACCCUGGAGGUCCUGGGUUUGCUGCUUGUGUCUUCCCCCAUCAUUCGGUUGACUGUAGUACGGUUCUCUGAGGCCAGGAGCUUCAGCUGAGUUCACCAGUGUUAAUGGGCAACGCCCUUGUAUCUGGCACUAAGCUAGACAUUUGGAAGGAGGAGCUUGUAAAGACCCAGGUUUGGCAUGUGGUUCUCGGGUGUUCUCGGGUGUUCAUCAUAUCUGUUCACAGAUAUGAUGGGGUUUGGGGCUUCUCAGUACCCCAGCAGUAGCAGGAUCUCUUUGCCCAAGUAGGCAUCACUGUCCAGCAAGCCCCUUACUGCAAACCUCAGGGCAGGGGAUGUAGGGGAGGGGCUAUGCGUGUCCUCUGUGUGGAGUUAUGCCCACCUCAAAUUCCCUCUGAACAACAACAGCAGGCCAAAGGGUCCCUGUGCCCCGAAAGUGCAGAAGAAAGAUGGAGCCUCCGGAUGUGGUCAGGGAGCUCAGAGAUGAGGUGCAGGCCCCUCAGCCCCAGCCUAGGCACCCAUACUCCCACCCCACCAUCUCAUUUCAGAGAGAUUCUCUCACUGCCUCUCCCUCCUCUCUUAGUGGGGGCCUGUGGCGUGAGGCCAAAUUGUUCUUGGCUCAUAGAACUGUGAAUUGAGCCCCCCCACCUCCAGCCAUUAUAUGGUGUUAGCAUGUGCAGGUGCCAAUCAAUGGGCAUGCGUGUGCACAUUUAGGCUGGGGAGACAAGAAAAUGUGAAUCUUACUGGUCCAGUUCCUAGUGAGGUCUGGGAACUAGCUGCUGUAUAUGUCCUUGAUGCUCAGCCCACUCUGGCCUAAAUGCUUUUUGUUAUUAAUAUUUUUUUAAUGAACUGUUAUUUUUAUACCCAGAGCCAGUAAAGAACAGGGUCCCUGCCAUUAGAAUGGAGGUCUGUCAGGCACUCUGUUGUCCUUCCAACUCAGCUUGUCCUUUGUCAGCCAAGGUCUAGCUACGGAGGGACAGCUGCAGGUCUCAGGUGCAGGGCAGCUGAUAACCUGCCUCAGCCCCUUCCCCUGCCGUGUGCAUUUGCGGAGGGGCAUAUAGGGCCAGAGCCCCCACACGUUAGGACAGUGAGAGGUGUGUAUCCAUACCUCCACCAUUAUCAAAGCGGUUGUAGAGGCCACGGCAGCCUCGAUGGGAGGAAGAACCAGGCUCCUGUGAGAUGACCUCAGCUGAAUGUCCUGGAGGCACACCAACCAUGCUGUGUACAUGUGCCGGUGGUGAAGGCAGAUGUAAUUUAUUUUAACAUUUUUUACAAUAAAACACAUGAACAAGCCCA